CGAGUUAUUUACUUUACCAUAUUCCGUCAAAAUAUCUAAAUUUUUCAAUUAUGCUUUCUAUUCAGUGAAGAAUUUUGAAACUUGCAACAAAACUUAAUAAACAAAAUCACAAACGGCACUGGACUUAAUAGUUCGAUUGAUACAAUCAUAAUUUCUUACUACAAAACUGGACAAUGGAUCUUAUGUGUUGUAUUCCCAUCUGCCGGAACGCAAAAACAGAUGCAGACCAAAGUGUAGGUUUCCACCCAUUUCCACCUAAUCCAGAGUUGCGAAAAACUUGGAUAGAGUUCGUUGGAGUUGAUAGCUCAAAAUUUCGUUGGCGAGGAAAAUAUAUUUGCUCAGAACACUUUUUGCACUCCGAAAUAAUUGAGGAAAAUUGCGUGAAAAAGUUGUUAGAAGGAGCCGUUCCAAUGGUAUUCUGCCCGGAAGAAGAUAAUUAUGAGGAUGAAUACUUUGUACGUGAGGAUGUUAUGACCUCUAAUGAUUCGACGAAUUUCCAUCACUCCCAAAGGGACACAUGCUGUCUUGCCAAACCUGAGGAGGAACUAAGAAACUUAUUUUGUCGUAUAUGCCUCAGAAAACAGUCGGAACUGUUGCCAUUCAGUUCCAAACUGCAUAAUGCUACGAUAACUGAUAUUAUUUACGUUAUCACUGGUCUGGAUAUCCAAACAGAUAUACUGGUUCCCACAAAAAUCUGCAGCAGCUGUGUAGCAAAGUUGGAUCUUGCAUUCAGCGUGAGAAUAGAGGUAAUACAUAACGACAAGAAGUUAAAAAAUUUACUCAGAAGUCAACAAUUAACAAAUCACUAUCAAUUCUACGACAAAAAAAUUCUCGAAAAGAAAAGUUCAAAUGAGGAGUAUCUGGAUAAUUUAGUAACUAUUGUAAAAAAUGAAAUAUCAGCUCCGCCUUUAGACAUUGAAAUGAUAGAUUUCGUUGAAGCAGAGAGUGAAAUUAAAAUAGAAAGCGCAGUAGAGCAAGACAAACAUACUAUUCUUCCAAAUCCAUUGGAUACGGAACAUGGUUCAUCCUUCGAACAGGAACGUUUUUAUGAUAGGCCUAUUCUAAUUAAUAAUGAAUCUGACACAGUGUUAGUAACAGAAGCAGUUAGACAACCUAUUCCUGCAUUUCAGUUCAAAACAGAGCCUUCAUCAGGAAACGAAGAUUCAGCUAAACUUGUAAAGCCACAUGUCGAAAAAGAGACUGAACGUGUAUCUGAAAAGGAGCGUGAUAAUUUUGCCAAUAUUUCAAAUCAGCUUGUUUCUGAGAUUAAGGAUAAGAAAGAACCAAGUAAAAAGCAGUUUGUGUUUUCGUGGAAAGAGUUGUAUAAACCAAAAGCACCAACGAAGCCAAAACGUAAUUUUGAACAAAAGCCAAAACCAGUACUUGUACCUCAUACAUGUUACAUCUGCAAAACUUCCUUCAAAGAUGCUGACGAACUAGAGUCUCACAUGGAACAGCAUGUUGGACUUCUACCAUUCACAUGCGAGGAAUGUCACACGGUGAAAUAUCCACAGGUGUUCAAAUCGCUGUUCGGUCUCAACAAACAUCUUCGUACACAUCUCUAUCCAUACAAGUGCGGUUAUUGUCCUUCUCGGUUUGCACGCGGAGAGUCUUAUACAAAACACGUUGACUCUCACGAAGGUAACCAAGGACUAGGAUUCACGUGUGAUGUUUGCGGAAGACAAUUUGCACGGAAAAAGACUCUAGCGAUGCAUUUGUCCAAACAUCGCGCCAUGGAGGAAGGAACAUUUACUUGCGAAUAUUGCGGCAAAAUGUUCAACUGUAAUUCACUGCUCAAACGUCACCUUCGUAUUCAUACGGGCGAGAAACCAUUUGAAUGUAAAAAAUGUGGCAGAAGAUUCAACCAUGAAGCGAAUUUCCAGAGCCAUAAGCGCCGUCACAUAGGGGAACGAGCUCAUCAUUGUACCGAGUGUGAUAAAAGUUUUAUUUGCGGAACAACCUUACGUUAUCAUAUGGCUACCCAUUUUCCGGGCGAUCCACGAUACCGUAUUCCGACAAACUAUAAACGAUCUCAACUGACCGAUCAGUCGAAUAAUGAAGUUAGCUUUAUUAAAGAGUAUGCAUGUGACGUUCCGAAAUGUGACUUCGUGAGUAACGUAUAUCGUGAAUAUUUCUAUCAUAAAAACGUUCAUCGGAAGCGGUUCCAGUGCGAAACUUGUCAAAAACGGUUUCCAUUCAAAUCGAGUCUUACAAGGCAUAUUAUGUUAGCACACGAGCAUAAAUCAUUUCCGAAAACAUUGUCGUGUUCAUAUUGCCCGAAAAUGUUUAACUGUCGACAGAAACUCAAAGUGCAUAUCGACGGACACGAGGAUAACCGGAGAUACAAGUGCAGUUUUUGUGAGAAAAGCUUUGUGCAGAAGAAUAACUGCACUACUCAUGAGAAAAUUCAUACCGGUGAACGACCGCAUGUUUGUCGAUUCUGUCCCGCUGCGUUUAUUUCGUCCUCGGGAAGAAAAAAACACGAAAAAACCCACCCGGAAGCUAAUGUGAACGAAGACAUUCAAAACGAGUCGAAAAAAGAAGUUUCAAAAAACCAGACUAUGGACUUUAGCGCUGAUGAAACAGGUGGUCUUGUAGACUUCACUCCCCUAUACUUUUACAACCUAGUCUGGAGAUAUUUGAUUUUUUUACCUGGCAUCUCUGUUAAUGUCAAAAUAGAAAUGUCGCUUUCGUUCGGUUACAACGAUCAUUUAUAUUCUCGUUCGUUCCGGCCAUCAUUUCUCGAGGAACAGGACUCUAUGGAUCUUAUGUGUUGCAUUCCCAUCUGCCAUAACGCGAAAGCAGGUGCGGACCAAAACGUAGGUUUUCAUCCGUUUCCACCGGAUCCACAGCUGCGAAAAGUUUGGAUGGAAUUUGUUGGCGUUGAUGCUUCCAAAUUUCGCUGGCGAGGAAAAUAUAUCUGCUCUGAACACUUUUUGCUUUCGGAAUUGAUCGAGGAGAAAAAUGAGAAAAAAUUGCUUGAAGGAGCUGUUCCAAUGAUAUUUGCUCAAGAUGAAGAUGACGAAGACGAGUAUGUUGAACGUGAAGAUGUUAUGAUUUCCAACAACUCGACAAGGCCAUCCAAUGCUGUUUCAAGCGACGCAUACCCUAAUUGCGAUGCGAUUGAAUCGGAAAUAGAGUUACGAACGCAGUUUUGUCGAAUUUGUCUCAGGAAACGAUUCGACUUGUUACCUUUCAGCUCUAAACUGCAUAAUGCUACGCUCACUGAUAUCAUUUACACCAUAUCUGGUCUAAAGAUCCAAAUGGAUGCAAUAUUUCCCACAAAAAUUUGCAACAGUUGUGUUGCGAAGCUAGAUCUCGCUUUCAAUGUGAGAAUAGAGCUGAUACAAAAUGACAUAAAAUUAAAAAAUUUGCUCAGAGGGAAACAGUUAAUACAUCAUUACACGUCUUACGAUAAACAUCGUUACGAAACAAAAAGCGUCAAUGAAGACUAUUUGGAUAACUUGAUAACGACAGUCAAAAAUGAAAUAUCGGACCCGUUAAAUAUUGAUCUCGGAAAUCAUAUGUCAGAAAAUGGAAACCCAAAGGCUAAUUGUAUAGGCCAAAUAAAAAAAGAAGCCGAAAGUCUGACAAUAAUGAGACCAUCAGUUCCAGUGGUAAAGCUCAUCGAUGAAGAACAUUUACAUGUUGGAAAUAUUCCAGCUGAAAGUGUUUCUGCACCGAAGUCCGUAGUGACAAGAGACGUGUCUAAUGAAAAUCUUCCAGGAAAAAUACCUGAAUCACCUUCUGAGCUUGAAAGCUCGCCUCCCUACGCAAACGAACAAUUUUCGGAGUCUGAAGAUGAAAAUGUUUCCAAUAAGAAGCAGUUUGUGUACUCCUGGAAAGAAUUGUAUACACCGAAAACGACAUCUAAGCCGAAACGUUUUAUUGAAUAUAAGCCAAAACCAGUAUUCGUUCCUCAUACGUGUUAUGCAUGUAAAACUUCCUACAAGGACGCUGAUGAGCUAGAUUCCCAUAUGGAGGAACACGUUAAUCUUCUGCCUUUCACAUGCGAAGAAUGUAAUACAGAGGAAUAUCCCCAGGUGUUUAAAUCACUAUACAGCCUCAAUAAACACCUUCAGUCACACCUUUAUCCAUACAAGUGCGACUACUGUCCGGCUAGUUUCGUAAAUAGUUACUCUUUUUCGAAGCACAUCGACAUUCAUGAAGGUACUGUUGGCGAUGGCUUUACUUGCGACUCCUGUGGAAAGCAUUUUACUCAGAAACGAUCAUUUGCAAGCCACUUAGCAAAGCAUCGUGCUUUGGCAGAAGGAACGUUCACCUGCGAGUAUUGCGGGAAAAUAUUCAACAGUAAACCGUUGUUAAAGAGGCAUCUUCGCAUUCAUACUGGUGAAAGGCCAUAUGAAUGUAAAAAGUGUGGUAAGAAGUUCAAUCACGAGGCCAAUUUCCAAAACCACAAACGUACACAUACCGGAGAGCGAGCUCAUCGUUGCACUGAGUGUGAUAAAAGUUUUCUCUGUGGGUCAUCACUUCGCUAUCAUAUGGCUGUGCAUUUCCCAGGCGAUCCCCGCUUUAGGAUGCAACCAACAGGCCAACGUCCACGUUACUCCGAAAGUACAUCCAGGGACGUUAGUUCCAGAAAUGUUACCGAUCUCAAGGAAUAUACAUGCGAUGUCCCUGGUUGUGGAUUCGUGAGCAAUUUGUAUCGGUCGUACUUCUACCACAAGAGUAAGCAUCAAAAAAGGUUUCAAUGUGAAAUGUGUGACAAACGGUUCGCAAUCAGAUCAUGUCUCGCUAAGCACAUCCUUAUAGCUCAUGAAAACAAACAAAUGCCGAAGACUAAACCAUGUCCCUUAUGUCCAAAAAUGUUCAGUUCUCGACAGAAACUUAAUAUUCAUAUCGAUGUGCAUCAAAAUAAUCGGAAAUACAAGUGCAGAUUUUGCGAGAAAAGCUUUGUUCAGAAAUCAAACUGCAUUUCACAUGAAAAAAUUCAUACCGGCGAACGACCUCAUGCAUGUCGAUACUGCGCGGCAACGUUUAUUUCAUCUUCUGGUAAGAAAAAGCACGAAAAAACACAUCCGGAGGCCAAUAUGAAGGAAGAAAUUGUUAGUACCUCUCAAGACUAUUCCCAAGAGGGUAACUGCGAGUUAGAAGAUCAAAUGGUUGAUUUCUAUGUGGAUGUGCGUGAGGAUGCGGAAGCGGAAGAUCUGGUUGAGUAUUCGCCGCUGUAAGAGAAAGUGUUCUAGUAUUAAUUUACAAUAAAAAUUGUGCUUUAAUAUAAGUCAUUAUUAUAACUGAAAA